AUGGGUGCGGGUGACCUGGCGGAUAACUUGAUCUCUACGGUGUCCCAGCUGGCGGAUUCCCAUUUACAUAUAGUCCGGAAUAUUAGUACGGGUUUGGCAGUUGCUGGAGUCAUUUUGUGUGCAAGGAGCAUAAGACUGGUAACCAAGUUUACAAACGUGAAAGCCAUCCCAGACAAUUUCAUAAAGAAAAAUGUGAAGCUACGUGGUAAAGUCAUUAGUGUGAAGGAACAUGCAAUAGAAAUUGAACACAUUCCUAUUAAGGUUCCCAUUUUGACAUCACUCCUCCAAAAAUGGCAGGGUCAUGGCAGCCUACUGGUCAGACUUGCUGGAGUGGAAUUAACUCCAAGUGGCAAGCAUUGGUUGUUGACUAAUCUCCAGCCUUCACAGCAGCUGUGGUUUCAGCUUCUGAAUCGAGAAGACUCCAUGCUUGAUUGUUUCAUCUUUAUCAACAGGGGAAGGCUCUUUAAUGAAUGCCUGAACGUCUCGCGCUGCUUAAAGAAGGACUCGGAAGAGCUGCUGAUAUUCCCAACAUACGUGUAGAGCAUAGUUACCACUGGAUAUUUUACAAACAACUAUUACAAGCUGAGGUCCGUGCACAGAAGGCAAGAAAGGGCAUCUGGGAACAGGAGAACCAAUUUAAUGGUUUAAAAAAUAAAAUAUCCACUUUUAGUAUUUUCCAGAGGACAAAACAACUUAUCAAUUCACUGAUCUCCCACUGGAAACAGUUCAAGAAAUGA